UCGUCCUGGCUAGCUCGCAGUCUUUGAUACUGCUAUUGUAUUUAAUAAAUAAACAGGAAGUAUAUAAACAAUCGUUUUUACAUCCUACUAAGUGGCUCUGUUUCUUUAAAUAAAGCGAGACUAUCGGAAACUCAGCAGAAUCAGGACAGAGUGGAAGUAGUUUCGUUUUCUGUGUAGUGCUGAUCUUGAGCUGUACUUGGAAGAACAUUCCUCACAGAACUGAAGUUGAUAUGACAGAAAUAAUGGAUGAAGAAACUCUGACUGCUGAGAUAGAGGUGACAGAGGAGGAUCAAGAGAACUGUGGAGAAGGAGAUGUGACAGAUGCAAAACCUGACUGGAAAGGGAGAUUGAAACGUUUUGUCAGUAAGAAGAAGGAUGGCAAGUUGCAGGAAAAAGAGCAAUCUUCUGAAAGCCAUUACAAGAUUGAUUCACCAACAUUCCUGUAUAAGAUGAGCCACCAGCGCGUGGGCAAGUGCAUCAUCAUCAACAACAAGAACUUUGAUGAAAAGACAGGGAUGACUGUACGCAAUGGCACAGAUCGUGAUGCAGGAGAGCUGUUCAAAUGCUUUAAAAGCUUGGGCUUUGAAGUUUCCAUCUACAAUGACCAAACCUGUAAGAAUAUGGAACUGCUUCUUAAAGAAGUCUCAGACGAGGACCACAGUGACAGCUCCUGCUUCGCCUGCAUCCUGUUGAGUCACGGCGAGGAGGGCAUGAUUUACGGCACGGACGGAGCCGUGCCCAUCAAGAGCAUGACCUCGCUCUUCAAAGGAGACAUGUGCAAGAGCCUCGUGGGAAAGCCCAAGCUCUUUUUCAUUCAGGCUUGUCGAGGUUCUGAAUUUGAUGAUGGCUUACAGACGGACUCAGGGCCGCCCAAUGACACGAUAGAGACAGAUGCCAAUCCAAGACACAAGAUUCCAGUAGAGGCAGACUUCCUGUUUGCAUACUCUACUGUUCCUGGUUAUUACUCCUGGAGGAAUCCGGGAAGAGGGUCCUGGUUUGUCCAAGCCCUCUGUAAUGUUCUUAAUGAGUUCGGCAAGCAACUUGAGAUCAUGCAGAUCCUCACACGGGUCAACUACAUGGUGGCCACCAGCUUCGAGUCCUGGUCAGAGGACCCCCGUUUUAGCGAGAAGAAACAAAUACCCUGCGUGGUCUCCAUGUUGACUAAAGAGCUGUACUUCAACUGAUCUGAAUAGUCAAUUU